AUGGAAUGGUCUUCCGAUCUUCGGUCAGACAUCAUCGUGGAACCCCAGGGGUAUUAUCAUGAGGUCGAUCUAUCCGUUAACUGCACUAAUACUGAUCAUGCUGAUGCACCACUUCAAAACUGGACAAAUAGAUACACCGUCAUCUACCUCAAUGCUUUCGGUUGGGAUGUUGCCAGUGAUGGAGUGAAUAGCGAGGGAUUGACUGUGGGUGCGCUUUAUUUACCCGGCUUUACCAAGUACCAGGUACAUAUCUAGUCCAAAUAGUCAAGCCUAUUAAGCGCGCGUAUCGCGCUCCACCCUCGCGCGCAAACGAAGUGUCGAAAAAAAAGAAGAAAAGUGUCUGUGGAUAGGUUAGAGUAAAUUUUUUGACUCUGCCUUUGUUACCCUUAGUUUGGCUUUCUUUUUGCCGCGAGAAUUGGCAAGCAGCAACACUGUGAUUGUCUGGUGGGGCCUGGGCACUUGAGAUCUGCGUAAAUGUCUCGAUUCCUCACAGUCAUUACUUUUUUAGCAAGAAAAUCUAAGACACUGCGACCCAGGCCUUCUAUGAGAGACGUUGCUUCGUCCCUAUACGGCGUUUUCCCAGGCCUUCUCGGUUAAUGAAUGUCAAUGACGUAUCCAAGGCGAACGGCCGGGAGACUCGCUCGGACCACGUGACUCGAAACGCGUAACCCGCACAGAAUAAUGAGGCGUAGGGACUAGGCAAUGAGAGAUGGACUGAUCCCUUCGUGAAGAGCGCGAUACACGCAAUGUGAUGGGCGGGAAAUUCACAUUUUCCACAGCGCUAAUUUAUUACACCCAAGAUUUUAGAGUGCAUGAGGGACACGUGACCAGCCGAUGCCAUGUGCUUUUCCUGCUCCUCCCAUUUUCUAAGUGUAAAGCCCUGGGGACGAGGUUGUAAAAAGGUGAGGGCUUGGGGCUCAGGACAAUCCUUCCUUGAUGGAGCUUCUUCAUUGUCCCUAGCACAUGCCAAUAUGCACUAGUCGCUCAUCACUCAAUUGAAAACUUUAUAAAAACUAGUCGACCAGUUCUUUAAAAUUAGCGAUUGUACUUGAUGCGGGUGUCAAAAAAGCAAUUGGCUAUUUCCGAAUAACCCAAGUUACCACUCUUUCUCAAAACGAAGGUAAUGGCAAUCUGUUCUCAUGCAUGGUGGAGGGCUUUGGAUCUUUCUCAAGCGAUUGUCUCCUCCUUGCGUAUCUGCUAUUUUGUGCGUUUUAAAAUGUAUUUAACUCUUCUCGUUUGUGACACAGGAAGUUUGCGCGAGCUUGUGCAACAAAUCGUCCAUAUCUAAUUUACAACUUCCUCAAUUGAUUCUGGGAAACUUCGCGACCGUCCAGGAGGUACAAGAGGCAUUGGACAACGCAUCGUUCCCGCUAGUGUUUGAUCAAAGG